AUGGAAGCCAGCAGCCUCUACAAGCGCUGGUCGGGGUACAUCCCCAUUCUGCCCUACAGCACGGACGUUGCGGGCGCCAAGGAAGAGCAAGCGCGGGACGAAGGGAACGAUGCGGGCACACGCCGGAGCAAGACGUCCGUCUGGCUGACGGCGGUCAAUGUUCUGCUGUUCCUCCUCACAGCGACUAUGUGGUAUCUGCAGGGCGGUCCACGGACGAAGGCCCUCAAUGCCGCGUUGAGGGAGACGUCGAGCUACACACCCAUUUUUGACAUGAUUGAUCUGGAGCCGAGCAUCAAAAAGAUCAACGGCACCGUCAAGCCGGCCGGCCAGCCCUCCAUCGCGCGGCAGUUUCCGAACGCGGCGGCGGACGAGCGGUGGGAAGAGGACAUUGAGCUCAUCCGACCCAUCCCAGUCACCCGCGAGCAAAUCAUCAAGAUGGGCAAGAACCCCGACACGGUGGCCAAGCUCGAGGAUCACAUCUGGGGCCUCGGCGACAACGCCUACGUAGCCGCACUCGACCUUUUCCACAACUUGCAUUGCCUCAACUCGCUGAGACAAGCCGCAUAUGGCAACUAUUACAACCAAACCAUGGGUACCAACAACCUCAAUCUCGUCACCAGACAUUGGACCGAGGGUGCAGAGUAUCCAUUUCCAGACUUCUCUAUCAACGCCCAUUGCAUCAACUUUGACAAGCUGGUCAAGUGGCACAAAGAGGCCUCGGUCGACAUGGAAAAGUACGUCGAGGUCAUGAGGAAGCCAAAGGGCGUCAAGGAGGAGCCGGCGGAGACAUGGCAGACGGGGCCCUGA